AUGCAUCUAUCCGGGACCAGCCUCCUGCUGCUCGCCGCGGCCGCGAGCUGCGCCGACGCAGUGCGGACGAUAAUCCCGAAGACGAGCUUCAACUCGCAGGCGGACUUCGACGCGGACUGGAACUACAACUACCCGUGGGGCACCGACCACAACGGCGGCGCGCGCAUGGACAGAGGGCAGGUGAAGUUCGGCGACGGCAUGGUGACGCUGACGGCGAAGAAGGUGACGGGCCAGAAGGACGCGUCGCACGGCGGCCAGGCGAUCAAGAUCAACUACCUGUCGGGCGCCAUCGCCGCCAAGGAGCACUUCACCGUCGGCAAGGGCGGCGGGUACGACUUCUCGGGCGAGUUCAAGGCGACGACGACCAAGGGCACCUGGCCCGCGUUCUGGCUGACCGCCGUCGAGGGCUGGCCGCCGGAGAUCGACAUGGCCGAGUGGAAGGGCUCCGGCAAGAUCUCGUUCAACACCUUCAACACCUCCUCCGUCCUCUCCUGGAAGGACGUCACGUACCCGAGCCCCGGGGACUUCCACUCCAUCAAGACCGAGGUGCGCGACAUCAACCAGCGCGACGUCUCGGUCAAGUUCUACAUGGACGGCCAGCUCGUGACUACACAGGUCGGCGGCAACUUCUAUGGAAAGGCCAUGUAUCUCAUCAUCAACCUGCAAAUGGAAGGCUCUUCAGGGUCCCCGGGCCCUACUGCCGACACCCUAUACCAGGUUCGAAACCUCGAGGUCUUGAGUUAUAAUCCCUAG